UAGCAGACCUCGCUUUCGGCGGAGAUCGGCCACUGUGUGGGAAUCAAAAGUUUGUUUACUUAAAUUUGAAAGAUGACUGAACUCGUGGAAGAAAUAUUAAUGUUUUUAAAAGAUAGUGGCGAAGAACCUGUUGAUUCUCUUCGUUUAGCGGAAUCUUUUCAAACUGAUCAUCAAAAAGUCGUGGGUGCAAUUAAGAGUUUGCAGAGUGCAGGAAAUUUAAUCGAUGCUGAGCAGAAAGAUACAAAAUCUUGGAAGUUAACUCCAGAAGGAGAAAAAGUUGCUACCAAUGGCAGUUAUGAAGCUCUAGUGUUUUAUUCAAUCCCUCCUGAAGGUAUUUCACAGCAGCAAAUAAUGAAGUCAGUUCCACAAGCUAAUGUAGGUUUCAGCAAAGCAAUGUCAUCUGGUUGGAUAUACAUUGAAAAAAAAGAUGGAGCUACUAUGGCUUUUCGAAAGGUAUACAAAAGCUUUAAAAUUAAAAAAUAUGUAUACGAUAUCACAAAGUCGAAGGCUCUAGAAUAA